GAGAGAGAGAGACCGACCUAAACGAGUUUGGAGAUCGGAGGUUCAUCCAAGCGCCUCAGACGCACAGACGGAGUUGCACAAUCAGCGCUCCAAAAGGAAAAAAACAGAAGCAGAAACCCCUCAGCAGCUCCUUCAGCUCUGACAUCCAAACAGUCACUGCAAGUGGAUUUUAUCUGCACCUCGAAAGACUUGUGUUCAUUUUUUUCCCCCGUGUGUUUUCGAGAGUUCGGAUUUUUCUGGAGCUUGCUUUUUUUUAAAACAACAUAUAUUUUUGUUUUACUUGUGAAAACAUGCAUCGGUGCACAGCGGUGCUACUUUUGUUAGUGGUGGCCUUGUACGUCCUGAGCACAGAAGCCUACAAGUGCAGGUGCACCAGAAAAGGACCAAAGAUCAGAUACAAGGAUGUGCAGAAGCUGGAGAUCAAACCCAAACAUCCGUUCUGCCAAGAGAAGAUGAUAUUUGUGACGAUGGAGAACAUGGCUCGGUUCAAAGGGCAGGAGUAUUGUCUUCAUCCCAAACUUCAGAGCACCAAGAAUCUGGUCAAAUGGUUCCGCAUCUGGAAGGACAAGCACAGGGUGUAUGAAGCCUAAAACCUCGGCACAUGUGGAUCAAGUGAGACAAAAAAAAAAGACGAAAAUACCACCUGGACUGUUUUUUGCGAAGUACAAGAUGUGAUCUGCAAACAAACUGUACUUCUUCCCUCUUCUGCCUGAGAUCUGUCGAGCAUCUUUAGUUCGUAUAUAUAUAUAUAUAAGCUGGUGGGCUCGUUCUAGUUACAGUCACUCACCACUCCAGUCUUUACAUCUGUAGUUAUACUUGUCAAAUAGUGGACGAGCGACCGCCAUCUGUGUUCACGCAGCUGUAGGUUUGUUCAGUUGUUACUUAAAGGGACUUCUCUUUUGCUUUUAGGCUUCUUUCAAAGUCAAGAAUGAGUCAUUCUGAAGAAACGGGCAAACCUUCCUUUCAACAAAAAAAAAUAAGAAAAUACAGUGUGGGUGUUUCAGUUGUUGAGAGUUUCACUCGUCUUUAUUCACUAUGACGGAGAAGAUAUUUGUACAAUGCCAACAUUUAGGAGCUGGUCACCCGUGUUCAAGAGGUUGUAGUCAAAAUGUAGCCGUGAAGCUCCUCAAUAAAUCUGAUUCUCUGUAUUUGUAGAGGGGCGGUCAGUGAGCGGUUACACAUAAUACAGAAGUUGCUAUUGUUCCGUCAGAUAGACGGAGCCACUGUGUGUGUGUGUGUGUGUGUGUGUGUGUGUGUGUGUGUGUGUGUGUGUGUGUGUGUGUGUGCCAUAUCCAUGCUAGUCAUGUGUGUCAAACAAAAACUACUCUGCAGCACCAAUUUUGUAAAAUAUGAUCUAAUCAACUGGCAGAGUGUAGUUUCAAUAGAUAUUAAAGAAUGCCAAUAGUUAAUUUGUGCCAUCCCUGCAUACAGUGGAUUUUGACCAUUGGAGUUCAUUAAAUACACUGAGAAAGCGAGACUGUCUGCAGUUUACAUCAACGAAGGACUAUCUUUUAUAUGCUUUCACUGGUUGAAAAGUUUUGUAGUUCCAAUAAAUGUGUAAUGAAGCAAUAUCUCAUACAAACUGCCUACAUGACCGCUGUAUUGAGCUACGUAUGACAGCAUCCUGAAAGGAUAAGGCUGGUGGUAUUCUAGUUUGUUGUUAAUGUAAAUAUAUAUCCCAUGGAAAUAUUCAAAAUCACUCAGUGCCAAACCCAUUCAUUCCUAUUGGAGACGUACAUUAAUAAAAACAAGUCAGGAAUAAAUGCAGAGUUCAAAAAAAGGCUAGAUAACUUCUAAAACAUCUGGGCACUGUAGUUUUUAGCAAACGUCACUCAAACAGAAGUAAAUGGUAUAUUUGUUGGGGACUAUAUUCAGCUGCGUAUGAAUACAUAUUGGGGGCUCUGCUGAGUGGCAACAGAUGGUGACUCUAAAUAAACUACAGGGACCAUGUUUAUGAUAAGAAAGAAAAGUAUCACCAGGUGCAACAGUGAGGCUCAUCGAUGUGUUUUUUGACAACUUUGGAGAUCUGCGCUACAGAGAAAUCAGCUAAAUCAGGCCUUUGAUACAGAAAAUACUUGUUAAAAGGAUGGACUCAUUGUUGGUUUUAAUUUUUCUUUUUCAUGGGAUUUAUUGACAAUAACAGAAAUACAUUAUCAUUUAAAAUGGGCUAUGAACUGUGUCAUUAUUUUAUGGUGAUGAUAUCUCCUCCUGUAGAUCUCUUGAACAAUAACUGUCCUGUUAUUCUGUAUGCUGUGGACACACUUGGUAAUAAUCACUGUUGGGUGUUGUUUUGUUGCCACCAAACAGAAUUCACACGCAACUAUAUCUGCAUAUAUACAAAAACACCAUGUUUUCUUUACCUUUUGAAGAAUGUGCAUUGCUCUUGUUUUAUAUCUUAUAAAUCAAUAUAUAUUAAAAAAUAAUUUUGUAAAUGGACCAGUAUAGCCUAUAUGUUAGUGAGAAUGAAUUCACCUUAAGACUUUAUAGCAUCGUGUAUAUUGUAUUACUGCAUUAUAGUUGUUUUUUUGCUAUUUAAAUCUUGGUUUGGUAACAGAUAUUUGGAGGGUGAGUGUUUGGACCGGCCCACCAAACACACAGUUAAACAUUCCACUGAGUGUAAAACAAUAAACACAGCAAUAAAGUGUCUAUAGAGCA